UAUAUAUAAUCUCUCUCACUCUCCACUCACUCCCUCCUCCUUCACCACCACCACCACCAACCAUGUCUCACUUCCCGAAAUAUCUUCUUUUAGUUACCAUUUUGUCGCUCCUCCACGCUCUCCUUCCCCAAUGCAGAGCCUCAGCCACACCAAACAAUGACCAACAACAAGAGCAACAAUUCCAAACCCUGCAAACCAACCCAUCAUUCUUCAACCCAAGAGUCCCACUUUCCUCAUCGAAACGUUUCGAGGGCUCAUCGGAUUUGGUGAACUUGAAAUACCACAUGGGCCCGGUGCUUUCUUCUCCGAUCAACAUCUACCUAAUCUGGUACGGUAAGUGGUCGCAAGACCACAAGCUCACAAUCAAGGACUUCCUUCAUUCCAUUUCCGAUUCACGCGCCGCCUCACCUUCCGUCGCCGACUGGUGGCGCACCGUUUCCCUCUACACUGACCAGACCGGCGCCAACAUUUCUCGAUCCGUCUCUAUCGCCGGCGAGUACGCCGACACGCGCUACUCCCACGGCAACGCACUCACGCGCCUAUCCGUACAGCAGGUCAUCGCCACUGCCGUCAGGUCCAAGCCAUUCCCCGUCGACCACCGCAACGGGAUCUACCUAGUCCUCACCGCCGGCGACGUCACUAUGGAGGACUAUUGCCGCGCCGUCUGCGGCUUCCACUACUUCACGUUCCCCUCCAUGGUCGGUUACACGCUCCCCUAUGCUUGGAUCGGGAAUUCCGGCCGCCAGUGCCCCGAGGUCUGCGCCUACCCCUUCGCCGUGCCGGCGUACAUGGCUGGCGGAGGCCCGGGGGAGCUCUCACCGCCGAACAGAGACGUUGGCAUCGACGGCAUGAUUAGUGUGAUAGGGCACGAGUUGGCAGAGCUUUCGUCGAACCCGCUGGUGAAUGCGUGGUACGCCGGGGAGGAUCCGACGGCGCCGACGGAAAUUGGGGAUCUGUGUGAAGGGCUGUACGGCAGCGGAGGUGGGGGAGGGUACAUUGGGCAGGUGAUGAAGGAUAGGGAAGGGAAAACAUUCAAUUUGAAUGGGAGGAAUGGGAGGAAGUUCCUUGUGCAGUGGAUUUGGAGCCCUGUUUUGAAGGCUUGUGCUGGCCCCAAUGCUAUAGAUUAGGGUUCUCUUCUUUGUGGUCCAUGCCUCCUUUUGAUUUCGGUGGAGUGGUCGGUGUUGGUGCUGGUGCUGGUGGUUGUUUCCAGCCAGGGGUUUUACAUAAAUAUCUUGUUUUAAUUGCUAUUAUUUGUAAUUUUUUGGUUGUUUUUUAUUUGGUAGAAACAUAAAAGAGGAUGAAAACUUUACAGCAGUAUAUCAGCAUAGCAUUGUUAUUGCUUAUUACAAUGCAAAUUACUAUUUAUAUUGUAUCAUAUAUGUAAUGAUCGAAUUAAUUCCUUUCUAAUUUUUACCACGCUUCUU